AUGGCUAACCAGGCGCCUGCAUCUCUCGUGGAAGCGUUGACAGCCUCUGGUGGUGCUGAACCAGCUGGCUUCCUCAACGACAUUGUUAAGAACCUCUGGCCCAACAUCUGCGUCGCAGGCUCCAACAUCAUCAAAGACACCGUCGAACCUAUUCUCGCCUCAACACUACCUGGCCCUCUGAAAAACCUGAAGUUUGUCAAAAUCGACUUUGGUCACAUCCCCAUCGGCUUCUCCAACGUCGAUGUCCACAAGACCAAGAAUGACGGCAUCAAGCUCGAUAUGGACAUGACCUGGGAAGGUGUAUGUGACUUUGAGCUUGACGGCAGCAUGGUGCCUAAAGUGGGUGUUGAGAAGGUCCACAUGAAGGGCCGAAUCAGCGUGCUGCUAUGCCCUUUAGUAAACAUCAUCCCACUGAUCGGUGCAGCACAAGUCGCCUUCCUCAACACCCCAAGCCUCAAGCUCGACUUCACCGACGCCGCCAACAUUGCCGACUUCUCUGUUAUCGACAGCACCGUCCGCAAGACCAUCCUCGGCAUCAUCGAUAGCAUGGCCGUACUCCCCAACCGCUUCCUCGUCAAGAUGAUGAACGACGUCGACUACUUCAAGUGCCACCAGCCCCACCACGGUAUUAUUCGUAUCACAGUCGCCCGCGCAACCGGGAUUAGUGCUCCCAAGAAGGGCGAGAAGAAGAGUACCAUGAGGAAGCUUCUAUCCAAAGUCAAGCUCGAGGACGUACCCGAUUGCUACGUCAAGGUCAAAGUAGGCGCAGAAGAAGAGUGGAAGACGAGCGUCGUGGAUAACAACCACGAGCCAGAGUGGAACGAGACCCACGACUUCUUGGUCUCAGACUUCGAGCAAGACAUCACUGUAGACAUCCAGGACGAUGACUUGGCGGGUGAUGACGACAUCGGUAUUGGCUCCACCAGCGUCAAGGAGAUUCUUCUCAAGGGCGGUUCGCAAGAUUUGGAGCUCUCGCACAAGGGCGAUGCUACUCAAGCGCGUCUCCUGAUCCACGCCAAAUUCUUCAAUUUCGUCAACGACGCACAGGUUCUUUCUUCGGCCAACGCUCAAGGCCAGGCUGAAGGCCAAGUCUGCGGUCUAGCCACCGUCCUCAUUGCCAGCGCCGGUGGCCUCCAGGGCAACCGCGACGAGCUCAACCCCAGCGUCAAGGUUACCUGGGGGGACAAGACGUUCCAGACCGCAGUCAAGACGUACACUCCCGGCACUGACAUCUUCAACCCUUCGUUCGACCAGGCGUUCCGCAUUCCGCUCACUGCAGCUAUGCUUGCGAACCCUGGCGCUUUCAAGAUUGCGUUGCUGAACAAGGACGUCGAGUUUGGAAGUGCGCAGGUGGGCUUCCAGGAUGUGAUGGGUGCAGAGGGUAUGGCUGUGCACGACACUUUUGAUGUUGGAAAUGGCGCAACUAUUAGGGCUGCGGUUAUUCUGAACGGUGCUAAGUUGGCUGAGUAG